GCGAACAAGGCAAGCAACUGGCAAUCCAAGUGUCCAACAUCCUGGGUAUGGACGUGUGUGGCAUUGACCUACUGAUGAAGGACGACGGUUCAUUCUACGUCUGUGAGGCCAAUGCAAAUGUAGGUUUCAUUGCCUUUGACAAGGCUUGCAAUCUAGAUGUAGCUGGUAUCAUAGCGGACUAUGCCACUUCUCUCCUAACCCCCGGUCGCUUGACGCGGCGCAUGUCCUUACUCUCUGUGGUGUCCACGGCAAGCGAGACUAGCGAGCCUGAGCUGGGCCAUCCAGCUAGUGCCGUUGUCGACAAUAUGAGUGCUAGCUCCAGCUCUGUCGACAGCGACCCUGAGACCACGGAGAGAGAGUUGCUCACCAAGCUCCCGGGGGCUCUAUUCAACAUGAACCAGCUAUUAGCCAAUGAGAUCAAACUUCUUGUGGAGUGAUGCCACAUGUAAAUAGAUGACCAACAGAACUCUCUUGUAAAAAUUUUCUUUGAAACCAACUUGCAGUGCUGUUUAUUAGAGAAACUCAGAGAAAUGAGGAAAGGAGAAUCAGUCAAGAGAGCAAGAUUAAAAGGCAUGUGUUCUGUGACAGCUGCCUCAUUUUUUUGCAGAACGUAAUACUGUGAUAAUUCUUCAGCACUAUUGUUGUAAUGAAGAUGUUUAAUUUACAGCCUAAAUGGGAGUUUUAUUUAGAUGCUGCUUUAGUUCUGCAACAUAUUGCAGUGCAUGGGUGUUUGCAGGAAAGCAUUGAAAUAUGUUUAACUGGAAGAUUUUCAGAAAGUUCUGGCAGCUCUCUAGAAACCUUUGUGAAUUAAUGCAGCAGUUAACU